AUGCCUUUCUGCUCAUCAUGGAUCAAAGCUCUCUGCAUCAUUGUACUGGCAUUUCCUCCUUAUUCUGAAAGUUUCUUUCGACGUUCAUUUCGCCGGGCUCCACCAAACUGUGAUCCAUAUGAAGAUCAGCUACAUUUUUGCACCAGACAAAUGGAUCCAAUCUGUGCAACCAAUCGUCAGACUUACAGCAACAAAUGUGUUUUCUGCAGUGAAAAGAUGGAAAGUGGUCACGCAUUUCAAUUUGAUUUUUACGGUAGAUGCUGA